AGCCAUGCCCUGUUGUAAGCGUACCGAGGCCCGGCGGGUGUGCCGACCCAUGCCGUCGCUCCUAGCCAGGCUCAACUGUACGCCCUGCAACCGCGUCCUCUUCUUCGUCAUCGGGGUGGGACUGGGCGUGCUCUUCGUGCGCAACAAGGACGACAAGUCGGGCAAGAAGAAGUGAGGGUGAUCCACAUUGGCCAGCGGCGGUACUAGCGAGAACCCAAUCCCGGCCAGCAGUUAAUCGACAUCGAGCCAUCCGGAACCGCCAUGGAGUGCUCAAGCCUCAAGACAGCCAGCGAAGACAAAAUGCCAUUCGAUAAGUUUGUCCGCCGAAGAAUUAACGAGCAAGAAAUUUCUCAGUCGAUAAAUUUAUCAAUAGAGCAAUUUGUCAAUCGAACAAUUACCUACCAAAGUUCAUGCGGAUUUCUUCGGUUGAUCUAUUCUCUAUUCCUCUGUUAAAUUAUUAAAUUAGGAAAUAUAAAUUUGGUGCUGUACACGAUGAUUUCAGCGGA